AGAAAUACAAUACAAAAAUUAAACAAGGGAUAGGAAUUUUAAAACAUAAGUUAUUGUAAACGUAAGCUAAAUGAAGUUAUACAAGUGUCCUCGAAUUUUGGUCGCCACCAAUUUUUAAGAUACUUCCAAUGGAUUAAUAAUAAAAUGUUUCUAACAAAAAUUUUAUGGUUUUAAAUGAAGAAUUAUUUACGUAAGAGAAAUUUCAAAAUUGUUCAUUUUUUUAACGAAAAAUCGAAUUCAAAUUACUUUUUAAUGGAACACCAUAUAUUCUUUCUAUAUUCUUGUACAUAAAAUGACGAAUUAAUCAAUAGUAUUAUAUAUUAUUUUGAUUAUUCGAUCUCAAAAUAAUUCAAUUAAUAUUUAUAACGUAAUUCACGAAUCUGUUGUCGAUGACAAUGAAAGGAGAUAUUCGUUGUUAUCAACAAAUAAUCGCUACCAGGCAAGCUUAUCAGUAGAUGGUACCGACUACGACGAAAAAUCACCCAAUUGUGUAAGAUAAAAAGACGAUCUUAAAAGACAUCAUUCCAGUUCGAGCGCCGAGGUAAACACGUGCUCGUUGCGCUUGUUCGGAGAAGUCGGGCGCGUUCCGCAACGAGGACACGUCAUCAAAUCAUCCAAGUCAUAACACGGUCGUAUCCCAGCUUCUGAAUACGGGAAGAAGACAAAAGGUCGAGCUGCAUUUAGAUUUGUUUGACGGAGAAACUGGUUGAAGGAUGAAGAGACCGCGAACACGUCUCCGUUCGUCGAAAAGCAGCGCCUCUAUCAACUUCGAGCGAAUGCUGCGUGCGAUCCACAACUUCUACUGCGCAUCCUCGCUUUUUCUCUUUCUCCCUCCCCCUCUCUCUCUCUCUCUUUCUCUCUGUAUAGACCGUAUAUCUUCUUCUUUUCUUCGCUUCGUGAUCGCAUCUCUCUUUUUCUAUCACUCUCGUUCGAUCGUUUCGCAUUCUCCGUUACUCUCGCGUUGUAAAUUCUCGUCACUCCACUAACUCAGGUUUGCUUUUUAUUGCUGUACUGUAAAACGUUUUUUCUCAAUUUCGUUAAAUAUCAAACCUAUUUCUGCUAUUUCAGUUUAGUAGUACUAAGAGUGUACUAUACACUAGUUGAGCUAAAAAAAAACAGACCUUUCGCCUUUUGAUUCCCACCACGCGCAUUCGUACUUCGUCGUUCAUCGAGCGUUCGCUCUCGCUUCCGCUCGCGGUCGAAGCGCGGUAGCGUGACCGACAGCUAUAUAAGGGGCCGUCUACGGCGCAAUGCGCGUCAGUCGUUGCGACGUUUCGGUAACGUGGUGGUCUUUUGUGAGUGUGAAGCAGAAACGAGAGUUAAUCGAGCACGGAAGCGGAGUGAUAAGGAGAGCGAGAGCGAGCGAGAGUGCGGGUGACGGGGGACGGAGGACGCGGCGCGCGUCUCCGAGAGAGAUCGUGAUCGCGCAUUUAAUCGCCACGGCGUCGAUGGUGCCUUUGUCCGCGGCUCGACACGGCGGCAUGAAAUAACGACGGGCCGGAAAGAAUCAACGAGGCGGCAGGCAGCGGCGACGUCCUGAUUCGAAGCGUCCGUGCUCAGUCCUCAGUGUAGGCUAGUCGGUCGCUCGGCGGUCGUUGUCUCGGCGUUUUUCAUCACGAUUUCCAUCACGACAAGAUUUAUCCAUCCAUCUAUCCAGCAUCUAUCCGAGCGGUGUGAAACCAAGGUGGAGAACAAUUUUGGGAGAGACGAGGGCUCGCGCCGAAAAAAUAAAAAAAUAUAUAACGACUCGACUACACUCGUUGUUGCGGGCCGUAAUCUGGACUUGGAUUUCACGCGUCGUCGAUCACGUCGCAGCGAUAACAUCGUCUUCCUCGAGGCGCGGCGGAGAGGUGUUACUCCGGCUAGUGAGGAGGUUAUCUCCCGGUAGAGACUUGGAGAAUCGUUCUCCGGUCUUGUCAGUACGACGUCGUCCACGCGCGCGUUUUUGUUACGAGGGCUGAUCCUCGUCCGGGUCAGGCGUUGAUAUCGAUUUCGUCGGCAUCCGUUUCCUGACACGCGGGUCCUCGUGAAACGUCGAGGAUCUUGAAAGAGCGCACGACAACAAACAUGGCCGCCGCGGCGUCGUACGCGUGCACUCGCAACUGCACGGACGCGGCGGAAUAUCCGCCGUCCUGCAACAUUCUCGUUGGAGGAACCGACGAAUGGCUGCCUUGGCAUGAAAUCAUAGGAUAUUUCUCUUAUAAUCCGUGGAUAUUCUCCCUGCUUGGCAGCACCAUGGUCGGCCUCACGGGUAUCUUCCCUCUGUGGCUCAUCCCCAUCCAGGACGGCGUGGACUUGAAAACCGGCGAAAAUGGUGGCACUUUGAAGAUUCUUUUGAGCUUUGCGGUGGGUGCAUUGUUGGGCGAUGUUUUUCUACAUCUUCUGCCGGAAGCAUUCGAGAGCGAAUUCCAGACACGAGCCAAAGAUAAUCACGCGUCUACGCCCGCAGGCUUGUGGGUGUUGUCCGCCUUUCUGUUCUUCGUAAUCAUUGAAAAAUUCAUCGCUGCCAUAAACGAGGAAGCCCCGAUUAUUGCAGAACAGCAGAUUGAUGAAGCUUCUAUCAAGAAUGUAAUAAAUAAAGAAAAAGAGAUGGAUAAUAAUAAUUGUAUUACAAUGACGAACACUGGGAAGAACAAUUUCCUUAAAAAAGGCUUGAAAAAUACGGCCGAGGUACAUUUCCUGGAAAAACAGCCAAGUAAGAUGGAGUUUAUGCAAAUCGCAAACAAUAUCAAAGAUCCGCGAAAGAACGGUUUUAAAGAUGCUGACAUUAUGAAAUCCGCAUUAGCAAGCGAAUGUCCUAACGACGGUCCGCUGGUCGACGAGGCGAAAAACUGCUUGAAGAAACUUGCGAAGACUAACGGCUUCACAUCGGCGAUUUCACGUGUUGACUCACCAUGCGUGCGCUCACCGAGCAAUAUUGUUAUUCGUUUGAUCGCAUGGGCAAAGAAAUUAAUUUUCGACUUGUUCCGCAAAUUUUUCGAUCCCAAGGCCUUCCCCGGAUACCUGAAUCUUUUGAUGAACUUCCUCGACAAUUUUACUCACGGUUUAUCCGUAGGUGGAUCGUUCCUAAUUUCCUUCCGCGUAGGUGCCCUUAGCACGUUCACUAUUUUGGUGCACGAAAUACCUCAUGAGGUUGGCGAUUUCGCUAUUCUAUUACGAAGCGGAUUUAACAGAUGGGAUGCUGCGCGGGCGCAGUUAAUCACGGCUAGCGGUGGAAUCGUUGGUGCUUUGGCAGCCGUCUCCUUUUCUGGUAGUUUAGAGGAAAGGACCAAUUGGAUAUUGCCGUUGACUGCAGGAGGAUUCAUACAUAUUGGUUUAGUAACCAUCUUACCCGAUUUGUUGAAAGAAACGAACACAAAAGAAUCUUUAAAACAACUUGGCGCUUUACUUUUGGGAGUUAUUAUCAUGGCUGCAUUGAUCUUUAUUUAGGUCAAAUAUAUUUCAUUAAAAAGAAAUUCCAUAGAGAAAUUCUAUUGUGUUGAUGUAAAUUACAGUUAUAUUGUCUUGCUAUGUGUCAGUACAAUACUCUGAACACUGAAGUUGCCAUAAAGUUAUAUAUAAUAAU